AUGGCGCGCUGCAUGCGCACCUGUGCCCUAGUCGCAAUCCUCCUGCGCGUAUUCAUCGCUCUGUCGACCAGGACGUUCUUCCAGCCCGAUGAAUACUUCCAGGCGCUCGAAGUCGCGCACCAGCUGGUGUUUGGCUACGGCCACUUGACUUGGGAAUGGCGCGCGUCGCGCCCAAUAAGGAGCAUCAUAUAUCCACUGCUCAAUGCCCCGGUGUAUUGGCUUGCAAAGAUCGCCAGGCUUGAUGAUACCGUAUUCCUGAUCGCGGGACCGAAGGUCUUGCAUGGCGUGCUGGGAGCAUGUACGGACAUAUGGGUCGCUGAACUGGCCCAGAAAGUCCUAGGGGAGCGAUAUGUUACUACUGCUGUCUUCCUAUCCCUGACUUCGUUCUUCCAUGCGCUAUCCCUCACGCGCUCCAUGUCGAACUCUCUGGAGACGUCUCUGGCCACGAUAGCACUCAGCUACUUUCCAUGGGAUCCUGAGAGGUUAUUCGACAGAAGAGGUAUCAGGAAAGCGUUCGUAUUCGCCGCAUUAGCAUGUUCAAUCAGGGCCACCAAUGCUGUCAUAUGGGUAUAUAUGCUGGCGGUUCUGAUAUGGCGUCUACGGACACAAAUAUGGCUAGUACUCAUCGUGGUGCUGGAUGUUGUUGGAAUAGGUCUGGUCAUCCUAGACUCGAUCUAUUAUGGCCAGGUCACCUUCACGCCUCUCAACUUCCUCCUUACGAAUCUGUCUUCGGUGUCACUGUUCUAUGGUUCGAGCGAUUGGCAUUACUACCUCUCGCAGGGUCUCCCGCUUCUAUGUACCACAUCCCUGCCAUUUGUACUUCACGGUGCAUGGCUCGCCUUGGGUCCCACUGGCACCCCAGCUUCUCGCACGAUGUUAGGACUUGUAACCUGGACCCUGACAAUUUACUCCCUGGCCGGUCAUAAAGAAUGGCGUUUCCUCCAUCCGCUGCUUCCCCUCCUCCAUAUACUCGCUUCAAAGUCAUUAGUCGACCUCUACUAUGCCUCCGAACGAACAGCUCCCCUCCAGCGGCCCUUGCUGCCGAUACGCUUCACUCAUCUCUGCAUGCUCCUUAUCACAGUACCCGCUGCCAUUUACGUCCUCUACUUCCACGGCGAGCCGCAAAUCAGUGUUAUGCAUUACCUGCGGAACGUACCUCCAGGAGAACUAGAGUCUCUCGGUUUCCUGAUGCCGUGUCACUCGACGCCGUGGCAGGCGUACCUUCACAAAUCUGAACUUGCCGAUCCCGGAAGAAUGUGGGCUCUAGGAUGCGAGCCUCCGUUGUCAAAUGACAAGGACGUCACUUCCAGCUACCGAGAUCAAACGGAUAUCUUCUAUCAGUCCCCUACAGGUUACCUCAAGGAACGGUUCCCGUAUAGAGUCGAUCCAACCUUUCCCCCAUCUCCCUUUCCCAGCUCGAUUCCUGGGGUUACUCGCCUGGACGAUAAGAGCUGGAGGCACGAGUGGCCGAAGUAUUUGGUAAUGUUCGGCGCACUAUCAGAGGAGAGCGAGGUUCGAACAUUGCUAUUGGAUAGAGGGUACAGGGAAGUGUGGGCACGUAACACAGGAUGGGAGGGGGACUCGCGAAGGAGGGGGGGCGUCCGGGUAUGGAAGUUCAAGGGAUAG